AGUUUGCCAAAGCGACCGAGAAUUUCAGUUCAAUACCGGCAACGCGCGCGCGCUUCGAAGUGAGCAAGAAAUGCUGUUUCUGACGCCUAUAAAUCUCUCGCGAUAUAUUUGGUGAUAUUUUUUUUUUGAUUUUAUUGCCCUUUACUGAAAAUGAAUUGUUUUUCGCGCUUUUGAGUGACGGUGUGUUUUUGUUUUGUACAAACUGAUGUCGGAAAAUUGUUUGCCAUCAACCGUACAAACAAAAAAGAAAUGUGAACAAAUGGAAAAAUUGAUAGCAUGAUCUCUCAAACCCAUGCAUAGUUUUUAAACUAACAAAAAGCCCACUACAAAAGGAAAAUAAAUCUAGAACAUUUGAAAUAUUCCGAACACAGGAAAAAGGAUUCACAGGACUCGCACUUCAACGAAGGCCACCGAGCAACGGCAGCAUGCAGCGACCAGCCGUCGGCCCAAUUAUGCGCGCAAUCAAAGCAACUUAAUUACCCCAGAGUUCUCCGGCAAAAACACAGACACGGAAUUAGACAGAGACCGCAAUCACAGAGUAGUCAAAUAGAGAGCUGCGACUAUGCAAAUUAGUGAAACCAAUUCGCAGAGUCGAAUUGGAAAACAAAAUGGCACAGGAACCAGGAAUGGGCAAUCACUCGGUGUGAUUGAAGUACCAGUUCGGAGGGCAAUUGCAAACAGUAUUCAAAUUAGCAGAUCCGACCGAUUGUUCCUCAUGUUCCUGCUGCUUCUCCUGUUUGGCUUAAUCCUCGGUCCAAAGGACUGCUUGGCUAGAUGCCGCGAGGAACCAGCGCGGGAAUGCGAGGCGAUUUGCGAUGCGAGUGGCAGGAACUGCACGAUCCGGGCUUUGGUCCUGCUGCCCGACGACAACAUGUACCAGGCCUCCUUGCCACGGGUUCUGCCCAUCCUGAAGGUGGCCGAGCAGCAGAUCCGGACCAAGGCCCUCAUCCCGCCGCACAUCGACUUCGAGUGGCUGGCCCACGACACCAAGUGCGACGCCUCGCUAGGCGUGAUCAAGGCCAUGGACGGCAUCAUCAAGCAAUGCGCACAGGUGAUCUUCGGACCCGUCUGCGAUUAUUCCUUGGCUGCUGUCAGCCGGAUAACCAAGUAUUUUAAUAGCCAGGGCACACCUCUGAUCUCGGUUGGUGGGUCCACCUACGACUUCGAGCAAAAGAAAACGGACUGCAAUGACGAGUUCUAUAUGCUGUUGCGCACGGGAAUGCUCAGUUUCGAAACCAUUUCCGAGCUGACGAUAAACGUGAUGAAGCGGCACAAUUGGUCGCAUUCCAUUUUCUACUACGAGCGGGACGGCCAACGGAGUGUGGCGGGAAUGCACACCUGCUUCCUCAUGAUGAAAUCCUUGGGAAAACAAAUGCGUAACGAGAACAUGACAUUCGCCCAGUUUCCACUUGAGCCAAACUUGACAAAUCGGACGGAGGAAAUGCGGCGAGAAAUUGGCAAUAAACAUGCAAUUGUCAUAAUGUGCGCCGAUCCGCAGUCGAUACGUCAAAUUAUGCUGACAGCCGAGGAGUUGAACAUGAUCGAUAGCGGCGAAUAUGUUUUCAUCAAUAUUGAAUUAUUUUCGCGGGUUCAAUAUCUGACGUCGCAGCCUUGGUACGAUAAUAACGAUACGGAUUUAAAUAAUGAGCGUGCCCAGAAGGCCUACACCGCUAUGCUGACCGUAACCCCCAAACAGCCGAACGACAACGAGUACACCCGGGUCUCCAAUGAGAUCAAAGCCAUUGCCGCGGAGAAGUACAACUACACGUUCAGCGACAACGAGCCGAUUUCGGCAUUCGUGACCUCCUUCUUCGACGGAGUGCUUCUCUACGCCAACGCCCUGAACGAGAGCAUCCGCGAGGAUCCCACGAUGCUGACGCGUCCCAUCAACGGCACCGACAUGGUGCGUCGCAUGUGGAACCGCAGCUUCACCGGCAUCACUGGCAACGUGACCAUCGACGCCAAUGGCGACCGGUUGUCCGCCUACUCGCUGCUGGACAUGAACCCCACCACGGGGAGAUUCGAGAUCGUGGCCCACUUCCUACACAACCGGCUGGAGUUCGAGGCCAACAAGGAGAUCCACUGGGCUGGAGAUCGGGAGGAGGCGCCGCCGGACCGACCCAGUUGCGGCUACGAUGGUGCCCUGUGCCCCGAUAAUUCCCUGCCUGGCUAUGCGAUAUUGUCGAUUGUUCUCGGUACCAUGGUGGUCGUGAUGGCCGUGUGCUUUUUCUUCGGCUACCGACACUACAUCGCCGAGGCGGAGAUCAACUCGAUGAGCUGGAAGGUGUCGCUGGAGGACGUGAUGUUCCGGGAUGCGGCAGAGCGUGGGCUGCGCGGCUCAUUCCACUCGUUGGUCAAGCAGAGCUCCCAGCUCACCCUGAUGUCCGAGGACAUGGUGUCCAUCAACGGGGACCGACAGAUCUUCAUCCCCGUGGGCAUGUUCCGCAAGAGCAAGGUGGCCAUCAAGCCAGUGGAGGUGGACAAUGUGCAGGCCCUGCUCACACGCAGCCUGAUGCUGGAGCUGAAGCGGAUGAAGGACCUGCAGCACGACCACUUGGUCAAGUUCUACGGUGCGUGUCUGGACCAGCGACGGAGCUUCCUGCUGACCGAGUACUGUCCCAAGGGCUCGCUGCAGGACAUCCUCGAGAACGAGCAGUUCCAGCUGGACUGGAUGUUCCGCCUGUCGCUGAUGCACGACAUCGUGCGCGGCAUGCAGUUCCUGCACAGCUCCGACAUCCGCUCCCACGGCAACCUCAAGUCCUCCAACUGCGUGGUCGACUCCCGGUUCGUGCUCAAGAUCACCGACUUUGGGCUGCACACCCUGCGGCGGACGCGAUUCGACACGGGCAGCGACGGGGGCAACUGCAACAGCCACGCCUACUGGAGCAAGCUUCUGUGGACAGCCCCCGAACUUCUGAAAGUGGAGCACAACCGAGCGCCCGAGGGAACCCAAAAGGGUGACGUCUACGCCUUUGGAAUCAUUGUGCACGAGAUAACCACUCGACAAGGUCCCUUUUACCUGGGCAGGUGUGCGUAUGAGAAGUCGCCGCAAGAGAUCAUUGAGUUGGUUAAGGGGUACCAACCGCACAGAAUGCAGAAACCAUUCCGUCCGGAACUCGAACCCAAUUGCGACACCAAGGCGGACAUCAAUGGCAUCAUCCGUCGCUGCUGGGCGGAAGAUCCCGCCGAUCGUCCGGACUUCAACACCCUCAAGUCCAUGAUUCGCAGGUUCAAUAAGGACAACGAGACGGGCAACAUCGUGGACAACCUGCUGAAACGCAUGGAGCUGUACGCCAACAAUCUGGAGGAACUGGUGGAGGAGCGCACCCAGGACUACCACGAGGAGAAGAAGAAGUGCGAGAAGCUGCUCUAUCAACUUCUGCCGCAGAGCGUGGCCGCGCAGCUCAUCAGCGGACAGCCGGUGGUGGCGGAGACCUUCGACCAGGUGACGAUCUACUUCAGCGACAUCGUGGGCUUCACUGCCAUCUCGGCGGAGAGCACGCCCAUGCAGGUGGUGCAGUUCCUGAACGACCUGUACACCUGCUUCGACUCCAUCGUGGAGAACUUCGAUGUGUACAAGGUGGAGACCAUUGGCGACGCCUACAUGGUGGUCUCCGGUCUGCCCAUCCGCAAUGGCAACCAGCAUGCCCGCGAGAUAGCCCGUUUGGCCCUGGCCCUCCUGGAGGCGGUGCACAAUUUCCGGAUCCACCAUCGACCGGAGGAUCGCCUCAAGCUAAGGAUUGGCCUGCACACUGGAGCCUGUGUGGCCGGGGUGGUGGGUCUAAAGAUGCCACGGUACUGCCUGUUCGGGGACACUGUGAAUACCGCCUCCCGCAUGGAGUCCAAUGGUGAGGCCCUUAAGAUCCACAUCAGUGAGACCACCAAGGAGGCGCUGGACGAGUUCGGCACCUUUGUGACCACUCGGCGCGGCUUUGUGCCCAUGAAGGGCAAGGGCGAGAUGCUCACCUACUGGCUAGAGGGCGAGGUGCCGCGCCCCGACUGCCUGAUCUCGCCCAGCAAGCUAAUGCUGACGCGCCGUUCCUCGCUGAAGCAGCCGCAACGCAGUCAGUCGCAUCACCUGCACAAGCAGUACUCCGAACUGGUGGUGGCUACGCCCCCUGCCCAGCAGCUGCCACCCCCGGCGAUCGCACUGCCAGCGCCAGCGCCGCCGUCCAGGGAUUCGCCCAAUCUGCGGGUGAAACGCAAGAUUAGCUCCAGUUCGCCCAAGCUGAAUGGCGGGGGCUUCGACUACCAAAAGACUGAGAACCACUAUCUGGAUGCGGCGGCUGCCCAGCGUACCUGCGACAUCUACAGCAGCCGCAGCCUGCGGGACAUGGAGGAGACCUCCGACAGCUGGGAGCUGGCCCACUUCCGGCUGCCGCUGAGCGGAGCCCUCAAGAGCCACCAUCACCUCACCAACAACAACAAUAGCCACGGCUAUGUGCACUCGAAUUCCAGCUCCAAUCUGAGCGGCAUCCUGCAGCCACCCAAUCACCCGCGGAGCAGGCUGAAGCCCUCGCCCACGAUCUCAACGCUGCUGACGGGCGUCCGGAGCGAGAUGAAUGCCUCUCCGGGUCCCGAAACGGGCAGCAUGGGCGGUGGCAGUGGCCAGCUGAGGAUUAAGUUCGCCGAGGGAGACGAGGCGCCGCUGCUGCCCACGCCGGCGACUGCUCCAGCUCCCGCUCCUGCUUCAGCUGCCGCUCCAGCUUCUGCUACUGCUCCUCCUUCAAUGCCACAGCUAAUGGCGUCCAGUCCGCAGCGGAGCAGCAGUGGCCAGAACAUUCCGGCGGAGAGCAACCACUACGGCUACCUGGUGAAGAGCUACAAGCAGCAGUGCCCUCCGGUGGCUGGCAGUGCCGUCACCCAGCCGCUGCUGGCCAAGAUCAACUCGUAGCUGUAAGCGGGGGAGUCGCCCACUUUCUCCUCCACACUGUAAUCAUUUGCAUAUUAACUGUACUUUGUACUUGUUUGUGAUAAUAAGUUAAACCCAAGUUGAACAAGUUAGUGGUUAGAAUCCAAUUCGAAAUUCGUACGGGAACUCUUCUAAAAUGUUUCGUAGCUUUUAAUCGCCCCUAUCCCCAUACUCAUAAGUAGCGAAUUUUACAUGUUAACAAACCUCAAAAACGGAAAAAACAAAACACUCGAUGUAAAUAGCAAUUUACUCCCAAAACAAUUUGUUCCUUGUGCUUUGAAUAUUAAUUCUCUUCGAACUCAGACAGUUAGUUUAUAGUAGAGUAGAAAUUAAUAUUACCUAAUGCUAAGCGUAGGCCACUUCUGAAAAUUUCUGAUAUAUGUAAAGUAUUAGAUGAACAUGAAUAUUUAUUUUGAAAAUUGACGAAUAAAGAAAUCUAUAUAAACUCUAUAUAUAUUCCAAUGCAAUUAAGGAAA